UUGUCUCUGGAACAUAAGAGAGAAGAGAUGCCCAAGACUCUGACUGAGAUGUACACACACCUUGUGGAGUUUCAUACCAAACAGAAGAAUGAAAAGUAUCAUGGGAAAGAAGAGACAGGUCUACACUGGAAUAAAGAGAGCAUUCUGUCACUGGGAAAACUGGCUUUUCAACAGCUUGUGAAAGGCAAUCUGAUUUUCUAUGAAGAAGACCUGAAAGAGGCUGGCAUUGAUGUUAAUGAAGCCUCCGUGUACUCAGGAUUGUGCACACAGCUCUUUAAAGAGGAAUGUGGGCUGUACCAGGACAAGGUGUACUGCUUUGUUCAUCUGAGCAUUCAGGAGUUUCUGGCUGCUGUAUAUGUGAUCCUCUCAUUCAUCAACAACAAUGAGAAUCUAAUGGACAAACUGCAAACAAAAGACGAGCCUGAAGUUGCUUUCUACAAGAGUGCUGUGGAUAAAGCCUUACAAAGUGAGACAGGAAACCUGGACCUUUUCCUCCGCUUCCUUCUGGGCCUCUCACUGGAGUCCAAUCAGAAACACUUACGAGGUCUACUGACAAAGACAAGAAGCAGCUCACAGAGCCAUGAAGAAACAGUCAAGUACAUCAAGGAGAAGAUCGCGGAGGAUCUCUCUCCAGAGAGGAGCAUCAAUCUGUUCCACUGUCUGAAUGAACUGAAUGACCAUUCUCUAGUGGAGGAGAUCCAAAGAUACCUGAGCUCAGGAAGUCUCUCAAAACCCAACCUGUCACCUGCACAGUGGUCAGCUCUGGUCUUUGUGUUGCUGACUUCAGAAAAGGAGCUGGAUGUGUUUGACCUGAAGAAAUACUCCAGAUCAGAGGAAGGUCUUCUGAGGCUGCUGCCAGUGGUCAAAGCCUCCAGAGCUGUUCUGCUGUCAGGCUGUGGAGUCACAGAGGAAGGCUGUGCUUCUCUGGUCUCAGCUCUGGAGUCAAACCCCUCACACCUGAGAGAGCUGGACCUGCGUAACAAUGACCUGAAGGAUUCAGGAGUGAAGCUGCUCUCUGCUGGACUGGGGAAUCCCCACUGUAAACUGGAGACUCUGAGGCUGUCAGGCUGUGGAGUCACAGAGGAAGGCUGUGCUUCUCUGGUCUCAGCUCUGGAGUCAAACCCCUCACACCUGAGAGAGCUGGACCUGAGAUACAAUCACCCGGGAGACUCAGGGGUCAGACUGCUCUCUGCUGGACUGGAGGAUCCACACUGCAGACUGGAGAAACUCAAUGUGGAACAUGGUGGAGAGAACAGAAUGAAACCUGGACUUAGAAAAUAUGUCUGUGAUCUCACACUGGACCCAAACACAGUAAACAGACUCCUCUCUCUGUCUGAGGAGAACAGAAAGGUGACAUGGAGGAGAGAGGAGCAGCCGUAUCCUGAUCACCCAGAGAGAUUUGAGGACUGGAAACAGGUGCUGUGUAGAGAGGGUCUGACUGGGCGCUGUUACUGGGAGGUAGAGUGGACUGGGAUAAUGAGGGCUGGUAUAGGAGUGACAUAUAAAGGAAUCAGCAGAGGAGGAGGUGAUGACUGUUGUCUUGGAUGUAAUGACAAGUCCUGGAGUCUGUUCUGCUCUGACAACCGUUACUCUGCCAGGCACAAUGAUAAUCCCACUACCAUAGAUGUCCACCCCUCCAGCUCCCACAGAGUAGGAGUGUAUCUGGACUGGCCAGCCGGCACUCUGUCAUUCUAUAGAGCCUCCUCUGACACACUGACCCACCUGAUCACAUUCACCUCCACAUUCACUGAGCCCCUCUAUCAAGGGUUUAGGCUUUGUUAUGACUCCUCAGUGUCCCUCUGUCAGUGAUACACACACACACACACACACACACACACACACACACACACACACACACACACACACACACACACACACACACACACACACACACACACACACACACACACACACACACACACAC